AUGAGAAACCCAGAGCUGCAUAUAUUUGCCUUCCUGCUCAGCUGUUUCACGGAAGGAACUGUCUAUGGUCAGGUAGCCUGUCGCAGAUCCAUGUCUCAUGAAUGGCACAAUCAGGCAAGGGACAUCAGCGUUAGGUGGACCCUUAUGCAGAACACCUGCAGAAGCUUGACCCAGUGCUGGACCAGACAAACAGAGGCAGACUUGGACCAGAAAACUGGAUCAUACCACUUUCCUCAGCUGUGCCCACUGGAUCUUCAACUUGGAGAUGUGAUGUUUGUAUCCACUGACAGAACCCUGGAACAAUAUGGUGUCUAUCUAAUUAAAGUGUCCAAAGAAGAGUUUGACAACUGCUUGAUUUUAGAGCCAAAAAAGGAGCAGUUGGUGUUUGCCAACAGUAUUAACGGUACAUUGCAGGUGGAACCGAAGUGGCUGAUGUCCAAAAUUAAUUACUUUACAGUUGUGCACAGAGGCAGUGGUCAGUUGUGUAGGCUUGGCCUGCGCAUUGCAGUUCUUGUAAAAACUCAGCAUUGCAAGAGCUCACCUCUUCUUCGCCUGUGUUCUGGAAACGGUGAAUGCAGAACUACAUUUAAAGAUGAUGCAUAUAGCUGUCAGUGCCACAAGCACUUUUCAGGGCAUUAUUGCGAGAACUUUGAUGGAUGCUACGACCAGCCAUGCUUAAACGGAGGCACCUGCUUGAGCAAGAGAACUGCCUACACAGAUCUCCCUCCUUACGAGUGUCUUUGUCAUGCUCCGUUCACAGGUGUCAACUGCUCUGAAAUCAUUGGACACCAAAACUGCAUCAAAGGAUGCAAGAAAGGAGCUUGUAUACAAGUUUCAUCAACAUCCUACAGAUGUGAAUGUCUCACAGGAUAUACAGGCACUUACUGUGAACGUAAGAGGCUCCUCUGCGAUUCAAACCCGUGUUGGAAUGACGGUCACUGUGAGGAGAUUGCUAAUGGUUAUGUGUGCACAUGCCCAGGGGGCUUCACAGGCCUCAACUGUGAGACCACCACUGAGGUUGACAGCUACUGCAAGUCCAACGGAUGUCAACUGGACGAAGCCUGUACUAUGGAAAAACCUAAUUCCACAUGCAUUUGUGUAGACCUGGAGUGCAGUGAGCAGACAGAGGUGUGUGGCACGUUGCCCUGUCUCAAUGGUGGCAUUUGUGUGGCUCAGAAUGGUCAGUAUCACUGCAGAUGCCGGAAAGGUUUUUCUGGAAAGAACUGUGAAGAAGUAAUUGACUUCUGCAAGCUGUUCAGUAUUAACUGCCUGAAUGAGGGAUUCUGUCUCAACCUAGUUGGAGGAUAUAAUUGUCUCUGUGCACCCGGAUGGAUGGGGGAAUUUUGUCAGUAUGUGGAUAAUGCAUGCUUAGCUUAUCCAAACAGAUGCUUAAAUGGAGCUACAUGCAUCAGUAUGAGUCAGCCCAGUGCACCCCCGCACUAUACGUGCACCUGUCUCCCUGGAUACACAGGACGCUACUGUGAGGCUGAAAUAAAUGAGUGCGACUCCAGUCCCUGUCAGCACCAGGGAACAUGUGCUGACUUUGUUGGAUACUACAAAUGCACCUGUCGUUCAGGAUUCACUGGCAUUGACUGUGAGGUUGACAUCGAUGCCUGCACUCUUCCCAAUGUCACUUGCCCUCCUGGGACAUUCUGUGUAGAUCUGCAAGGUGACCUGCUUCAUAUGUGUCACACUCCAUGUCCUCGCUAUCUAUCGCCAUGUGCCAAUGGAGGACAUUGUGUCCUUAACAACGUCACCAGUUACAGUUGUGUUUGUGCACCUGGAUGGGCUGGGCCGACCUGCUUGGUCAACAUAAAUGAGUGUGUCCAGCACAGGUGUCAGAACGGAGCCACCUGCGCAGAUGGGAUUGGUGGGUACAGAUGCCUUUGUGGUCACGGAUACACUGGAGUCCACUGCGAGCUCGACAUUGACUUCUGCGGUGGACAUCAGUGUUCAGAGCAUGGCGUCUGUAUAGAUCAACAGCACAACUACACCUGUCACUGCAUGCUGGGAUAUGAGGGAAUGUUGUGUGAGUUUGAGACAGAUGAAUGCAAAAGAUCCCCCUGCGCCAAUGGCGCCACUUGUAUUGACUUGGUGGCGAGUUACCAAUGCCUGUGCACUCCCGGAUUUAACGGCCGAACAUGCUCAGAGAAUAUGAAUGAGUGCUGGUCCAGACCUUGUCUUAAUGGAGGCACCUGCAUUGAUCUGGUCAAUGACUACAUUUGUAUCUGUCCACUUGGAUUCACAGGACAUGACUGCUUCACGCCGGUUAAGUGCUGCACUUCCAACCCAUGUGAUACGAAGGGCACCUCCAUGUGUGAAGAGCAGGGGAGCAGUUUCAAGUGCCUGUGUCACCAUGGCUAUAUGGGUCGGUUUUGUGAAACUUCCAUCAGUUACUGCGUAGAAGGACUGUGUCUUCAUGGAUCAAAUUGUGUGGAUCGCCCUCAGGGGUUCACAUGUGAAUGUUUGCCUGGGUUAACAGGGCGAUUCUGUGAGGUAAACAUUGAUGACUGUCUGGAUAAGCCCUGUGGUGCGCUCAGUAUCUGUAAAGAUGGUAUCAAUGCCUACGAUUGUUUCUGUGCGCCUGGGUUUAUCGGUAAUAACUGUGAGAUUGAAGUAAAUGAGUGUCUUAGUCAACCCUGUCAGAAUGGAGCCUCCUGCUCUGAUGAGCUUAGCUCCUUCAGCUGUCUUUGCCCUGCCGGAACCACAGGCAAUUUAUGUGAAAUCAACAUAGAUGAAUGCCAGUCAUCUCCAUGCAUGAAUAAUGGAACAUGUUUGGACCUUUCAGAUGGCUUUAAAUGCAUCUGUCCUUCUGGAUUCACCGGUCCUGAUUGUUCACUGGAUGUCGAUGAGUGUGUCUCAUAUCCCUGUAAGAAUGGAGGCACCUGCAUUGACCAGCUGGGUAAUUACUACUGCCGAUGUGUGGCUUCAUUUAAAGGGAUGAACUGUGAGUUUCUUCCCUGUGAGGCUGUUAAUCCGUGUGAGAACGGGGCAGAGUGUGUGGAGGAGGCAGAUUCAGUCCUCUUCCCUCUGGGAUUCCGAUGUCAGUGUCGUCGGGGGUUCACAGGGCCCCGUUGUGAGAUCAACAUAGACGAGUGCAGCUCCAGCCCCUGUUUGCAUGGCUUCUGUUACGAUGUUGUGGAUGGUUUUUACUGCUUGUGUAACCCUGGUUACGCUGGAAUGAGAUGUGAGCAGGACAUCAAUGACUGUGCCAGCAACAUGUGUGAAAACAACUCCACUUGUGUGGACCUCCAUCUGAGUUACAACUGCCUCUGUCUGCCAGGCUGGGAGGGGGAGUUCUGUCAACAGGACACCGACGAAUGUUCAUCAAACCCUUGUAAAAAUAAUGCCACCUGUACAGACAUGCUCAAUGGUUACAGGUGUAUAUGCCCUCAUGGCUGGACAGGCCUGGAUUGUGGAGAGGAUGUAAAGGAAUGUGCUUCCACUCCUUGCCUAAACGGGGCACAUUGUGUGGAGUCUGACAUCCCAGGGGAGUUCUCCUGCACCUGCCCGCCAUUCUUCACAGGUCCCCUUUGCGAACAGCCCUACAACCCAUGUGACCUGCAGCAUAACCCCUGCCUGCACAACUCUGUAUGCCGUGCCAGAUCAGACGGGACCACUCUCUGUGUUUGUCCAGAUGGCUUCGAGGGAACUCGCUGUGAAACUGAUAGCGACGAGUGUGUCUCCAGACCUUGUCAGAACCAAGGCCAUUGUGUGGAUGGGGUCAACCGUUACAGCUGCUUCUGCAAUCCAGGAUUCUCAGGCCAGCACUGUGAGGAAGACAUUAAUGAAUGUGCCUCCAACCCCUGCCAGAACCAAGGCGUCUGCCAAGACUUUGUGAACGGUUUCCAUUGUAACUGUGUGCCCGGAUACUUUGGAAAGUUUUGCAACCUGGACAUUAACGAGUGUGAAUCUUCCCCCUGCCUCCAUGAUGGCGGGUGCAUCAACAAACCUGGGGGCUUCGUAUGUGUGUGUCGUGCUGGCUUCUCAGGUAUAUGGUGUGAAUUGAACAUUGAUGAGUGCCAAUCUAAUCCAUGCCAGAACAAUGGGAAGUGCAUUGACGGUUGCAAUGGUUACCAGUGUGUUUGCUCCAGAGGUUUCACAGGCAAUCACUGUGAGAGUAAAAUUGAUGAGUGCUCAACCAACCCCUGUGUUCAUGGGAGUUGCCUGGAUGAAAUUGAUGCAUACAACUGUCAGUGUGAGGUUGGAUGGACCGGUCACAGAUGUGAGAUCAACAUUAAUGAGUGUGAGACUCAUCCAUGUCUUAACGGAGGGUCUUGUGUGGACCUUCUGGACAAAUAUGCCUGCAUAUGCACAGACGGUUUCACCGGGAAGAACUGUGACAUUGACCAGAAUGUGUGUCUGCAGAUGUCUCGCAAUUUCUCCUUGUGUUUCAAUGGAGGCACGUGCGUGGAUGGACCAGGGGCUAACUUUACAUGCAGUUGCCUGCCAGGUUUUGUUGGAGAUUUCUGUGAGGUGGAAAUGAAUGAAUGCUGCUCGGAGCCAUGCUUUAACGGUGCCAUCUGCCAAGACCUCAUCAAUGGCUACCAAUGUCACUGUCGACCAGGUUGGACAGGCCUGCACUGUGAAGAUGACAUUAAUGAGUGUUUACUGCAACCAUGCAACCAGGGAAUGUGCAUCCAGAAUGAGCCAGGCCAUGGCUACACCUGCUUCUGUCGGCCUGGAUUUGUGGGGAAGAACUGUGAAUAUAAUUACGAUGACUGCUUGAUUCGAUCAUGCCCUGAUGCGUUUUCCUGUGUCGAUGGAAUCAACAAUGUCAGCUGUAUACCUGUGGAGUCAGACACACCCUCUGCUCCAUCCAUCUCAGUCGUGCCAUGGAGAACCAUCCACCCCAUCCUAGAGUCACCUCCCACUGCAGCACCUGAGGAGAACUUGCAGAAUGCUGAGCAGCCAACUGAUAUUAUCUUUGGGAAAUAUUCUGGGAAUUCCUUUCUGGAGUUUGCAGGCAUUGAACUUGGUGCUGUUUUGAGUGUCACAGUAAGAUUUCAGACUAAUGCCAGGGAUGGAACACUGCUUUAUUCGGAUCAGGGCCCUGUACCCAGAGGUGUCUUUUUCAUCAAACUCUACAUUUCCAAAGGGACACUCCAGUAUGACUUUUCUUGUAACCAAAAGGAGGGAGUUCAGCGAAUAAAUACAGCACAGCAGGUGUCUAAUGGAAAUGAGUAUGUGACGUUUUUGAGACAACAUCUUGCUCCAUGUGUGGGUGAAGUCACUGUUACUGGUUUUAGGACUGUCAGAAGUAUUCCGAGUAAUUACACAUUACCUUUGAGUUUACAGAGGACCAAACAUCUCUUCAUAGGAGGUCUUCCUCUCCAUUACGCACCUUAUAAGGAAGCCGAGCCUUUCCACAACUAUACCGGCUGCAUUGAAAUAAUCGAAAUUAAUAAGCUCAGAGGAUUCAGCAUGGCCCAUGCCAUUACCAGGAACAAUGUUGACAACUGCAGGUCUCCAUGGCAUCACAACCCACCAGUAAACUCCACAGAUUACCCUUCUCAGCUCACCACUCCACCACCUUCCCAGCCAUCACCUGUUUGCCAGCCGGUGCCCUGUCUCAAUGGCGGAGUGUGUCGGUCAGUCUCUCUGCCCAGUGGGGCUUCGUCUUUCUUCUGCGACUGCCCUCUACACUUCAUUGGGCACCUCUGUGAGAAAGAUACAUCAGUGUUUUUUCCUCAGUUUGAUGGUACAUCUUUCUUGGAGUUGCCGCCUCUGACGUCCCUGUUGCAGUCAGAUACUCACUUUGCGAGUAAAUCCUCUGAGGACAGCAGGACCGUGUAUUUGACAAUGACGAGCAAGACACUUCAUGGUACUAUUCUCUACACCCGGGAGCAGAAUUUCGGAGACCGCUUCCUCCAUGUGUUCCUCCAGAAUGGAAGACCAGUGGCCAGAUUGGGUUGCAGUGCCAGUCAUGUUUUGAGUACAGUGGCUUAUCAAAAUGUGGCGAAUGACAGCUUAGUGCCUGUUACAGUAAGAUAUGCAUUGCCAUCCAAUGACAAUGGCCAGCUUUGUAUAAUUGAAAUAGCUGUUGCUAAUGGAACUGUUAAUCGGCAGCAGAAAUACAUGAACGAGCCUGUGUCAGAGGUGGUGUUCGGCUCCACAUUCCUGGGUGGCGUUCCAUCUCUCUCAGAGCUGCACCACAACACUGGGAAUGUCUCUGGUUUCUUUGGCUGUAUCCGUGAACUGCAGAUCGACUCUAAAGAGCUGUAUGUGAUGGGUGUAGCAUCCAGAGGCCAAAAUAUUCAGAACUGUGACUUAGCAGUCUGCCAGCACCAACCCUGCCGCAAUGGAGGAACAUGUGUCAGCGAUGCAGAGAACUGGUUCUGUGUGUGUCCCUUGCUCUACAUCGGUAAGCUGUGCCAGUUCACUGCCUGUGAGCGAAACCCGUGUGCGCUCGGUGCCACAUGCGUUCCCCAGAUGCAGCUUGAAGCAGCGUGCCUGUGCCCCUACGGAAGGCAAGGUCUCCUCUGUGAUGAAGUUGUCAACGUCACUCGGCCCAGGUUUAGUGGACUUGAUGAAUUUGGUUACUCAUCCUAUGUGGCUUAUCCCCCUGUUCCCAACAUGAGCCAUUUUUAUGAAUUCCAGCUGAAGCUUACCUUCGCCAAUAAUGCCUCCGCUUUGAGAAACAACCUCAUUCUCUUUUCCGGACAAAAGGGACAAGGUAUCAGUGGGGAUGACUUCUUCGCAUUGGGGGUGCGGAACAGCAGAAUUGUUCAUAAGUAUAAUCUCGGCUCAGGUUUGGCAUCAAUUGUCAGUGAGCGCCUGAAUCCAAGGAUCAACAUUCACACUGUGCACUUUGGAAGAUAUCUGAAAAAUGGAUGGCUGAAGGUUGAUGGGCAGAAGAUAAGGACAGGCACAUCUCCUGGACCGCUGGCAGGCUUCAACACCUUCAGUCAGCUCUAUGUGGGUGGAUAUGAAGAAUACACACCCGAACUUUUGCCUGCAGGCUCUCGAUUCCAGAACAGCUUUCAAGGCUGCAUUUUUGAUGUACUGUUUCGGACGAGACGCAAUGGGAAGUUUAAUGUCCCAGGGGGCCCAGAGGGCAGGCCAGUAUCAGGGCGUAAUGUGGGUCAGUGUGGCGUUAAUCCGUGCAGCCUGGUGAGAUGCCGGAAUGGAGGAACUUGUGUGGACUCUGGAUCCUCUGUGCACUGCCAGUGUGUGUUUGGAUGGAAAGGUGCUCUGUGCUCUGAGAAAGUGUCGUUCUGUGAUGCUGAACACAUCCCACCGCCUUCCUGUGCCCGCGGCUCCACCUGUGUACCCUUUCCUGAAGGAUAUACAUGCCAGUGUCCCCUAGGCACUGCUGGACACUUCUGCCAGCAAGCUGUAUCUAUCAGUGAUCCUUUCUUCAGUGGAAAUCAGUCGUCCUGGAUGUCAUUUCCUCCAGUCAACAUAAGACAUAGAACACAUCUGCAACUGCAGUUUCAAUCACUGUCACCAGAAGGCAUCCUGUUCUACACAGCACGUUACCUGAGCAGUCGAUCUGGGGAUUUUCUUAGUGUGUCCCUAUCAGCUGGAUAUGUGCAGCUCCGCUAUAAUCUUGGGAAUGAAACCAUUGUAGUACAGUCUACAAAUAAGGUAGAUUUAACUGGCAUGAGAUGGCACACAUUGAAGGCUGGGAGAGAAGGCAACCGUGGCUUCCUCAUUCUAGACAAUGAGGCAAUAACAAGGAACUCUUCAGAGGGCCCAACCACUCUGGAUGUCAGCACAAACAUUUUUAUUGGCGGCGUGCCUUCCCUGAAUGCAAUAUCUCCAACUGCGAUGGAGAAAGACCCAGUGGGAUUCACGGGUGGCAUUCGAGAAGUCAUAGUCAACGGGCAUGACAUUGACCUUACAGAGACUGGUGCACUUGACGGAACCAAUGUGGGUGACUGGGAUGGGACAGCCUGUGGGUACAAGGUAUGUCUGAAUGGUGGAUACUGUCGUCCAGUGGGACUUUCCUCAUUCAUGUGUAUCUGCUCCCCGCUGUGGACCGGUCCACAGUGCCAACAGUCCAUUUACUGCAGCGACAACCUAUGUCAACACGGUUCUCUUUGCGUCCAUAGCGUAAUGUCUGCUUCAUAUUCAUGCAUGUGUGCUUUGGGGUGGAAUGGAACUUACUGUGACCAAGAAGUAUCGUUGAGGAUGAUGAAAUUUAGUGGAAAUUCAUAUUUGAAAUACAAGGACCCAAAGUAUAACUCGAGAAAUUUGUUGUACACUGAGGUUUCACUGAAUUUCUCCAUAUCAACAGGGGACGGUUUGAUUUUAUGGAUGGGGAAAGCAGAGAGUGAAGAUGAUGAUCAUCUAGCUGUUGGUCUCCAUAAUGGUUAUCUCAAGGUUUCAGUCAAUCUUGGAGAGAGAACUGGUCUACCUCUGGUCUACCAAAACACAACUUUCUGCUGUGAUCACUGGAAUUACCUGUCAAUUAUUCACAACCGAACAACCAUUGAGAUUUAUGUUAAUGAGGAAAGAGUUAUUUUUGAAGACAUUGACCCCUAUGAACAGUAUGUUGCCAUAAAUUAUGAAGGUGUGAUUUAUUUAGGAGGAUUUGAAUUAAAUCGAGAUACAGCAACAGUUACAUCUGGUCUAUUUACUAGAGGGUUUGUUGGAAGCAUUAAAGAUGUCUUCUUGUUUCAAGACACCAGACAGCUGCAGUUUCUACAAAGCAGUGAAGGUUUCGGUGUCUAUCAAGGAGAAGAAUAGAAAAAAUGACUGUGCAUAUUUUAUAAUUGUCGUCUCAAACUUUAAGUAUCAUGUUCCCUUCUAGAACAAAAUAAGGGCACCUACACACUAGAGCGAAUCCACUGAUUUUAAGGAUGUAGAGGAACAUUUUUUGCAAAAGUGACAACUGCUGGAUGGCACUUGGCAUUCAUUGACAGUUGUGUUUACAGAAAUCAAAUUUACUGUAUUUAUGAUUCUUUCUUUUUUUUUUACUUGCCUGGUUCUUUCCAUUUCCUCAAUAUGGACCUUGCACGUUCCUGUCCAUCAAAUGCUUUCAAAUCAAAGCUUUCUGUAAUGCAGUGGUUCUCAAGUUUUUUUUUGUUUGUUUGUUUUUUGGGCACACUCAAACUGGAAAAUCUAUUGCUUUUUAAUUGUAAACUUUUUUUUUAUUAUUAUUAUUUCCAAAAAUAGAAUAAAUAAAAAGGGAUACACUUUGCAGGGGCAAUGGUAGAGAAAAAGCUUACUCACAAAUAAAAAUACUGUCAUCAUUGCUCAUCCUCGAGCCAUUCUAAACUAGUGUGGCUUUAUCCAUCUAUGGAACUCAAGGAUGGGGGUGAAAAUUCUCUCAUUAUUUACUCACCCUCAUGAUAUCCCAGAUUUGUAUGAUUUUCUUUCUUCACCAGAACACAUUUGUAGAAAAAUAUCUUAGCUCA